AUGGCUUUCAUCAGCGUAAAUAUCAUUAGCCCCGACUUCAUUAGUGGCAGCGGCUGUGGCGUUAGUGGCGGUAUUGGCGAGACGUUCAUUAAGGCACUGAAUGCAAAAUGGCCACAUCCCACGGACCCUUGCAAGCAGGAGAUGUGUACAUAUGGACCGAGCGGCAGCACGCAAAUCAUAACAACGACAGAGACCUGUGAUACUUUCUGUCCGCCUGGUUUUACUUAUGCGAAUAAGCAGCCCGCGGUCAAAUGUUGCGGCGAGUGUGUGCAAGAGAAAUGUGUGCUCGACAAUCAGCUGUACGAAGAGGACGCCAUCUGGACGAGCGCCGAUAACUGCACGAUCUACAGCUGUCAGCGGAAAGGUGAAGUGUUGAUAGUGUCUUCUUCGCAAGAAACGUGCCCAGAUGUGAGUGGCUGCCCGGCACACUUAUUGGUGACCACCGAAGGGGGUUGCUGUAAAUUAUGCAAGAGUGAACCUCCGGCCGAGGACCAGAAGAAUUGCCUCCCGGUCAGCUUGGUUGAACCGCUGACAGUAGAACUAAUAGAAAUUGUACAGCCCGGUGUGGGUAAGUGUGUGAAUAAAGCACCCAUACAGGGUUUCACAGACUGCGAGGGCGCUUGUUCGUCUGGUUCGAAAUACAAUAAAGACUCGGCUACGCACGAGAAGCAUUGCCACUGUUGCAGUAUUAAGAGUUGGAAAGCAGUAACUGUGCCACUGAUUUGUGAGAAUGGCAGCAAGCUAGAGAAAAAGGUUGACGUCCCGGCAAGCUGCGGUUGUAGCCCUUGCGCUGAGAACACUGACUAUGAAAUUGGUGAUAAAAUUGAUGUGCGAAUGCAAACCUUACCCAAAAUUCUAUCUGGCCAGCUAUCAGUGCUUUGAAGCUACAACGAAGAAGUCCACGGAUCAACGAACGAUAGCUACACUUAGAAUUAGGACUUGUUGCUAAGUUAUAAUAAAUACAAUUAACAUUCGAAUAUAAAAAUAGAAA